GGCAGCAGGAGGUGCGAGAAGAGCCUCCCCAAGCCCUGCCCAGAUUAAGGAGCUCUGGGGCUCCGGACACUGCAGACAGACCCUCCGACAACCAGCAGCGGCUUGGCCUGGCCAUGGGGCUUGGUAGGGGACAGCCGGGGCUGCUGAUGCCACCGGUGCUGCUGCUGAUCUGCCUGCGGUUGGGAGCCGGCCUAGAGCACAUCGACUAUGUGCCCCAGCUCUCGAGUGCCACUCUGGCGGGGGCCCUCACCCAGUCCACCUUCACGCUGGAGCAGCCUCGGGGCCAGUUCAGCCACCUCAGCAUCUCCGACUUGGACCCCAUCUGGCUGGUGGUGGCCCAUAGCAAUGCCUUCCGGAACUUCACUGCCCCACAGAGGGUGGAGGACACCCCAGUCCCUGCCGACUUCCCCCAGAGGGGCUACUACCUCACACUGAUGGCCAACCGGGCUCUCUAUCCGCGUAGUCAGCCUGUCAGCCAGCUCCGGGUCCUCCGUGUCGGCAAUGACACCGGCUGUUCACCAACCAGAAGGGGCUGCAAUGCCCCCCUGCCCGGCCCAGGCCCCUACCGAGUAAAGUUCCUGGUGAUGAGUGACAAAGGACCCGUGGCUGAGACAGAGUGGUCCAAUGACACCCAUCUGCUGCAAGCUGAGGCGCUCCAGGCCACCUCAGGGCCCCAGAGCGCAGGUGCGGUGGUCAUCAUUGCCAUCCUGUCCGUCCUGCUGACUGUGCUCCUCGCCGCCCUCCUUGCCCUGCUCAUCUACACCUGCUAUGACACUUGUGGAAGCACCUCCAUUUCGGAACGAGGGGAGUCGGUGUGCAUGAGAAGAUACAAACCCCACCACCUGUUCAGCCCUCCUCCAGCUGUGCGGGGCUCCUGAGUGGCUGCGGGGCUCCCAUCUGCUCCUCAACCCCCUCCCUGGAGCUUGGGCUGGGAGCACGUCCUACAGCUUCUGGAGCUCAGGAAUGAAUAUCAGAAAUAAACGUGCCAACACCCCCCUGUA